UUCACGUUGAUCCAAUUUAAGCUGUGGUACUGUAAGAAAUAUGUACAUUAAGUACAGCAGUACCAGAUUUUUUAAUCUCAGCACUGCCAGGAAUGUCUUGAUAGUUUUCUUCCAUUAUCGCAUACAGAUAUGAUUUGCCUUAAGAGAAUCUUUUAGUAGGUAAUUAAAAAGGAGAUUAGAAAAAGAAAAAGAAAAAUAUCGAAAAGAGUACCGGCCGUAAAUACAUCACUCGAAUGUAUCCUCUGAGAUUCUUAAAAUUCCUCAGGGACUCGUGAACAGCUAAGUUUCUUCCGACAGAAAUGAUUUACAAACAACUGAGAGAUUGAAGAUUUCAAGACGGGGAGUUUUUCUUCUCGAAGAGGUUAAACACUGAAUCAUCUAAUCCACCUUUGAUUCAUCACGCAUGAUAUUGUGAUCCUUCUAGGUGAUUCAAAAGUCUAUCCAGGAGAAUAAAAAAAGAGGGGGUCUGGUUCUAAGAGUACUUAAUUCGAAUGUGGAUAGAAAGAGGUGAUUUAUUACGAUCUAAUUUCCGCGGAAGUUCUCGCGAAGCAACGAAGAUGUGACAUAUCAUCUUGACGACGAACGUUGUAACGUUGUGAGAGAAAAAAAAAAAGAAAAAUGGUAUACGCAGCAAUUGUAGUUCUCGCUCUGAUCUCCGUCAGUGUAUCCGCCUACGAGCAUACCGCCGCGGAUCAGUGUGACUGGUCUGGAAGCGGAGGAGAAAGUGGUGGUGUCCGGCCAGUGUAUCUGCGCUGUGCUCGAGGAACGGUACUAUGGCGUUAUCCUCAUGACGCUUUGAGAGUGGUCCUUUCCUCCCCGAUCUCAUUCUUGGAGAACAAUUCUCUCAGCUAUCUGGGUUUCCGUGCCUGCGUCAAGAUCUCUGGGCCUGUGCGGGUCUUUCUGGAAGCUGGCGGCAAACUGAGACAACUCUAUUCUCCGUCUGAUGGCAAGCACGAACUUACACAUCGAUGCUUCCGCUCGCGGAAGCAUACAGCCGCACUUUACAUGGAAGCUGAGGAUGAUUAUUCCUUCAAAAACACCAAGGUUAAACUGCAAUACGAUCUGGAGCCGAAUUCUGUGAAGGGGGGAACACUUCGCGUGCCGGACGAAGAAGAGGACUGUAGACCUUGUUCCAUGGAGGAACUCGCCAAGGCUUACUGUCAAAGCGACUUGGUUGCUAAAGGUACUGUCACUGACGUUGAACAGAAUCCUAAGAUGGAUACGGCUGAAUUGAUACUUAGGGUCACCAAGAUUCUGCGCUACGUAGCCCAGGAAGCUGAGGGCAAUGAAAUUGACGCGUCUUUUAAGAAGAGCGUGCGUGUGCGAAUACCAAUGGUAUGUGACGCGCGGCACGGCCUCGGUGAAUUUGUGAUAAUGGCCAAACGACGUCUCGGAGAUCUCACCUUGGUAUGUGCGCCUCGAUUGGAAGCGUGGAUGCAAAUUGUACAUGAAAUGGACAAUGCGCCCUGUGUCCUUCAUAGUUAGCUAAUGAGAUUUAAAGUGAUUUUCUUUGGAAAGUCGUAAAGAAAUAUACACGAUAUACAAUAGAUAAGACUGCAGUAUCGUGUUGCGAAAUUGGAAAUCAACGCAAUCAUUAAAAGAAUAAUAUCGUAUAAAAAACUGUCUGUUUGUACAAGGAUAUCGUGUAUAUAGGGAAUAUCAUUCUUUAUGUACAUAUUGCAUACUGUCAGAUUGUCGAUCUCCAAACUGUGAUAUUAUUUGUUGUAUUAAGAAGAACACGGAAGAACGUGCACGAAGAAACGGAAAGCACAUUUGCCUUAUAUUUGUUCUAAAGAUUAGAAAAAUCAUUAUGUAUAGAAUAUCCCACAGACAUC